GUUUUAAAGUGUUAAGUACCGUGAACUAAGAGGAGCACAGUAUACUGUGUUAUUCGUUUUGGCAAUAUCGUUGCACAGAUUCGGCGUUACUUUUCCGUUAUUUGCAUAUUCCUGCGUUACUGGAUAUGCACGGUGUUUCUAUGUCAGAUACAAUUAAAUAAGAUUUAAAAUCAUUAUUAAAAAGAUUAUUGAAUAGCAAAUUUGCCCGUUUACUAUGACCUGGCCGCUUAUCUAGGCCUAUAAAAUCGCAUGUCAAACACAGAGGCCUUGACUAAUCUACAGUUGUGUACUUUUAUUCAGCGUAUUUCUUUUAAUGGCCUUCAUUAGGUGUUAUUAUGCUACCUUGUACAUUAUUAUCAAAAGUAUUUUUCCAUUAUUUAAAUCAACUUUGCAAAUUUACUAUUUUCCAUUUCAUGUAAAAGGCUUUUAGAUUCGGUUAAAUUUUUCAACGCUUGAGCUGGCAAAUUUUAUUGGAACAUAAUUCGCCGAGUAUCUAUAACAACAAAACAAACACACCAAAAUACAAAAUAUAGGUAAACAAAGAUGGCGCCCGGGUAUUGGGGUUCUCCGACAUCAACGUUGGAUUGGUGUGAAGAAAACUACGAUGUGACACAUUUCAUAGCAGAAUUCUGGAAUACAUUGAGCAAUGUAUCCAUGAUAGUACCUCCUCUGGUUACAGUGUUUCUUCUGAUCAAACAACAAUUAGAACACAGAUUGAUAGCAUGUCAUUUAAGCUUGCUGAGUGUCGGUAUAGGAUCAUGGUGUUUUCAUAUGACAUUGCUUUAUAGCAUGCAGCUUUUGGAUGAGCUUCCAAUGAUUUGGGGAUCAGCAUUUCUGAUAUAUAACAUAUUAAUGGUGGAGCAGCCCCCAGGCAAAUCAAACAUUCCUCUACAGACUGUCUUGUUCCUUUACUGUGCUAUUGUUACAAUUGUUUAUAUAUUAUGUAAUUAUCCAGUGUUCUUUCAAACUGCCUAUGCCAUAAUGGUGUUAAGCAUGGUUGUGUCUUGCAUCAGGUUGAUCAGAAAUUUAAAGAAAUGCAAUAAGAAAAUAUUUUUAGUUGGAGUAGCAGCAUAUGCCCUUGGUUUUUUCUUGUGGAAUGUUGACAAUGGAUUUUGUGGAAUUUUAAGAUCAUUAAGGGACUUGCUAGGUCCUCUAUCACCAUUCCUGGAACUGCAUGCAUGGUGGCAUUUACUGGCUGGACUAGGAACAUAUCUCGGUCUAGUUUUUAUAGCUGACUUGCGUUGUACUAUUUUGGGACAAAAGGCGAAGAUUAAGUACUGGUUGAAGAUGUGGCCAUAUUUAUCAGUAGAUAUGAACACAGAUGACCCUGCUGGUAAAGGGAGUAAGGCUAUUGGAAAUGGAGUUAUGUACUGAACAUUGCCAUAUGACUGUAAAUAUUGGAGAUAUUUGAGUUUCGGCUUGGACUGCUGGUGUUCCAUAGUUCUUUCAAUAUUUGCAAUGAUGUUAUCUGGCCUAGAGCUACGCUAGUAAAUCUUGGCUACAAAAUCUUUUGUCAACUUCUUUUGAUAUUGAAAUGACUUGAACUAAUAAAUGGCAUUUCUUAAUACAAAGAAGAACAAAUUUAUGAUUGUAAGGUAAGAAUGGUGAAAAUAUACAGUUUUUUAAUGUUAGUUAGAGAUAAGGGGUUUUGAUACUAAAGUUCUAGACACAAGAUGGUGCUAUAUAGUUACAAAUCAUUCAGUUAAUAACACAUUAAAUUGCUUAAAUUAUUCAGGCUAUUUCCAUUGUUUCAGCUAAUUUUUCGGUCACUUAAAGUUAUAUAUCUACAUAUAGAUGAAAUUUAUCCAUUAUAUAACAUGAUUAUAUUGUACUAUAGAGGUGUUUCUUCUUAUGUGCAUUUAUUUGGAGGCUGACUCGUUGUUCACUUCAUAAUCAGGUUACUGUGGGUCAGUGAUUUUGUCAUGUCUAAAAUAAUGCAUGGAGAGGUACCUGAAACCUUCAAUCACUACCUUCCAUUACUGCACUGUGUUAUUUAUUGUGUGAUGUAUGACCAAGCCAGCAAUAAAUUGAGCCGUGUCA